UGUGUAUAUAUACAAAAACAAAGCUUUGCAGUAAAAAUCGUUCCUUUGCGAAAAUCUCCUCUUUCUUUCGAAGCGUUUCUGAUUAGGGGGAUCAAAGCGGCGGCGAACAAGAAGAGAGAUUCGUUUCUAGACAAUCAUGGUGGAGACAAGACGCAGCUCAUCCGCUUCAAAGCGGAACUCUCCUCCCGAAACUUCAUCGUCACGCCCUACCAAACGCUCCAAGGCGACGGCGGCGGAACCGGCGGGGUCUUCGUCGGCGGCGAGUGAUGCGCCGAUUGAGAAUAAUCAGAACCCUGUUUCGGCUCCUGGAUCCGAAUCUGGAGAGCCUUCGAAGCUGGGAACUAAUGAUCCAGUUAUUGCAAACGAUGCGAGCUGUCCUGAUGCCGACACUAACCAACAAGUCCAAGGCUUGGUGACGCCAACACCCACAGGUGAAGUUGUGGCUGAAGCUGACAAGUCUAAAAAAGCUGAGAAGCUGUGGCUGAAGCGGACUAAGGCUCCUUGGGCGAAGCUUAUUUCUCAGUAUCCACAGAACCCUCAUCGUGUCAUGAGAGGCCCUGUGUUUACUGUUGGACGGCGAGGAUGCGAUUUAUCUAUCAAAGAUCAGUCCAUGCCUAGCGUUCUAUGUGAACUGAGGCAGAUGGAGCAGGGAGGUCCUUCAGUUGCCUCGCUGGAGAUAAUUGGGACUGGAGUUCUUGUUCAGGUCAAUGGCAAGGUUUAUCAAAAGAGCACUUGUGUUCAUCUGCGGGGUGGUGAUGAGGUUGUCUUCAGCAACCCUGGGAAGCAUGCUUAUAUCUUUCAGCCUCUGAAAGAUGAGAAUCUAGCUGCACCAGAUAGAGCUUCUUCAGUGAGCAUUUUCGAAGCGCAAAGUGCUGCCCCUCGGAAAGGGCUUCAUGUUGAGACAAGAGCAGGAGACUCUUCAUCAUGUUCUCUAUUGGCGUCUUUAAGAAAGAUACACAAUCUCCCUUUUCUACCACCUCCUGCUAAAAACGGCAAAAUGCAGCAAAAUCCAGAGGUUUCUGUGCUGCCUUCUAGCUCCGAUGAUUGCAUUCCGGAUGUUGAUAUGAAUGAUGCGGAUAGUAGCAAUGAUCAUGCUGCGAUUGCUUCGGCGGAUAAAUCAGUUGUCUCACCCUCUUUAACUGCCAACGAUGACCUUAAUGCUGAUGGAAACGGAAUGGAUCCAUCUCAAGAAACUGAAGAAGGUGUAAGUAUUCCUGGUCCUGGAUAUGAAAUUAGACCAAUAUUUUUGCGCCUACUUGAUUUAAGGGGUAACGUUUCCAAAAUACUGAAGGAUGAUGGAAGGGAAGUGAAGGAAGUGCCGAAAGAGUGUGACAGUUCAUCAGCUUCGGUGGCAACCAGACGUCAAGCACAUAAGGAUUUUCUGCGAGCAGGAGUACUCAAUCCUCAGGACAUAGAAGUUUCUUUUGAGAACUUCCCAUACUUUUUAAGUGGCACAACUAAGGAUGUUUUGAUAGCAUCAACAUAUGUCCAUAUGAAGUCUGAAAGCAAGUUUGCAAAGUAUGCAUCAGACCUGUCGACAGUGUGUCCCCGUAUCUUGCUCUCUGGGCCAGCUGGCUCUGAGAUAUAUCAGGAAGCUUUAGCAAAAGCGCUUGCGAAAAAUUAUGGGGCCAAAUUGAUGAUUGUUGACACACUCUUAUUACCUGGGGGACCAACAGCUAAGGAAUCAGAUUCUUCCAAAGAUAGUUCCAGGCGUGAAAGAUUAACUGUGAUUGCCAAACGAGCCGUACAGGCGGCUGCACAUGCUGCCGUCAUGCAGCAUAAGAAACCAACUUCAAGUGUUGAGGCUGAUAUAACAGGUGGAUCAACAUUGAAUUCUCAGGCUGUUAUGAGGCAAGAAGUGUCAACCGCAACCUCUAAAAGUUACACCUUUAAAACUGGUGAUCGAGUGAAGUUUGUAGGCCCUGCAACUUCUUCAGUUACUUCUUUCCAUACCGCACAUAGUGCUAUUCUAUCUAGGGGACCGACAACAGGUUUGCAGGGCAAAGUACUCCUUGCGUUUGAAGACAAUGUAUCUUCAAAAAUCGGGGUUAGAUUUGAUAGACCGAUAGUAGAUGGCAAUGAUCUUGGUGGUCUAUGCGAAAAGGACCGUGGUUUCUUUUGUACUGCUACUUCACUUCGGUUAGAUAGUUAUUCCAGUGACAAUGCUGAUAGACUUGCCAUUAAUGAAAUCUUUGAGGUGCUUACUAACGAAAGUGAAAAAGGGUCAUUGAUAUUGUUCUUGAAAGACAUUGAUAAAUCUGUGUCGGGGAACACGGAAGUGUAUGUAACUUUGAAGAGCAAGCUUGAGAAAUUACCGGAGAAUGUUGUUGUCAUAGCCUCGCAAACCCAAUUGGACAACCGAAAGGAGAAAUCCCAUCCUGGAGGUUUCUUGUUCACAAAGUUUGGCAGCAACCAGACAACAUUGCUGGAUCUUGCAUUUCCGGAUAACUUUGGUGGUAGACUGCAGGAUAGGAACAAAGAAAUGCCUAAAUCACUGAAACAAAUCACUAGGCUAUUUCCUAACAAAGUGACCAUCCAGUUACCUGAGGACGAAGCUUUGCUGUUGGACUGGAAGGAGAAACUCGAACGUGAUACAGAGAUCCUAAAGGCUCAAGCUAAUCUUUCAAGCAUCCGUGCGGUUCUUAGCAAAAACCGUCUGGAGUGCCCUGACCUCGAAACCUUGUGCAUCAAAGAUCAAUCCCUUCCGACUGAUAGCGUGGAGAAAGUGGUUGGCUGGGCUUUCAGUCACCAUCUUAUGACCUGCUCAGAACCGACGGUCAAAGACAACAAGCUUAUCAUCUCUGCCGAAAACAUCACAUAUGGCCUGCAGGUGUUGCAUGGGAUUCAAAACGAAAACAAGAGCACAAAGAAAUCUCUCAAAGAUGUUGUUACUGAGAAUGAAUUCGAGAAGAAGCUACUAUCAGACGUCAUUCCUCCAAGCGAUAUUGGUGUUUCGUUUGAUGAUAUUGGGGCGUUGGAAAAUGUGAAAGACACCUUGAAGGAGUUGGUGAUGCUUCCUCUUCAAAGACCUGAAUUGUUUGGCAAAGGCCAGCUCACAAAGCCUACAAAGGGUAUACUGUUGUUUGGACCGCCUGGUACAGGGAAGACUAUGCUGGCAAAGGCAGUUGCAACUGAGGCUGGUGCAAACUUUAUCAAUAUUUCAAUGUCCAGCAUUACUUCGAAGUGGUUUGGUGAGGGAGAGAAGUAUGUAAAAGCCGUUUUCUCUUUAGCAAGUAAGAUAGCUCCGAGCGUCAUCUUUGUUGAUGAGGUUGAUAGCAUGUUGGGAAGAAGGGAGAAUCCAGGAGAACAUGAAGCUAUGCGUAAGAUGAAGAACGAAUUCAUGAUAAACUGGGACGGUUUGCGCACAAAGGAUAAAGAACGAGUUUUAGUGCUAGCUGCUACCAACAGGCCAUUCGACCUUGACGAAGCUGUGAUUAGAAGGCUUCCGCGAAGGUUGAUGGUUAAUCUGCCGGAUUCAGCAAACAGAUCGAAGAUCUUGAGCGUAAUAUUGGCAAAAGAAGAGAUGGCAGAGGACGUAGAUUUGGAAGCUAUAGCCAACAUGACAGAUGGGUACUCUGGGAGUGACUUGAAGAAUCUUUGCGUGACCGCAGCACAUCUACCCAUCCGAGAGAUACUGGAAAAGGAAAAGAAGGAGAGAAGUGUAGCUCAAGCCGAAAACCGACCAAUGCCGCAGUUGUAUAAUAGUACUGACAUUAGACCCUUGAACAUGAAGGAUUUCAAGACCGCACAUGAACAGGUGUGUGCGAGUGUGUCGACUGAUUCAUCGAACAUGAACGAGCUUCAGCAGUGGAACGAGCUAUAUGGAGAAGGAGGUUCAAGGAAGAAGACGUCACUCAGCUACUUCAUGUAAAGAUAAAACAGAGCGGAGGCAUGGAAGUUGUUUUUUGUUUUUCCCUUUAUCCAUAUUGAAAAAACUCUCGUUGAUCCUUUAAGAGAGAGAAGAAUCCUCUUGAAUGAUCUAAAAAUGUUUUGUUCGCUCGAGAAACAUCCGAUGUGCAAUCUAUUAUUACAUGCUUAAUGGUGCUUAAUGAUGUACUCUGAACUACUAUGUAUAUAGAGAAGGUUUAGUUAUUUAA